AUGGCGACGAUGAUGACGAUGACAACGGCAACCACCCAGACAUACAUGGAGCCAAUAUCGCCCAAAGUCGGUAUACCCCAAUUACGAGGUACGAUGAGAUUCCUGAAUGGGCUACCGUGGACUCCCCAGCAAGGCUUGUUCAAGCUGCGGGGCCAGGAGAAUCAAGUUGGACGAGAUUAUGCCACUGCGGUCGCCUUAUGGAAUAUGUAUUGCGACAGUGCGACCUUGUGCGCCCAGCUUGUGGACAGCGCGUGA